GUGGGAAGUUCUGGUUACAGGUUUGGGUUUUCCACAUGAUUCCAACGUUUUUGGGUAUAAUACGUAAUGAUCUCAACUUGAAUUCUGUGAAAGAAGCAGACCAUGGGAAAUGCAGCGACGGAAGCAGCUUAAGAAUAACCAGGAAACUUUGAAACAUGAAGUAGAAUAUGACCCUUCUCUUCGCUACCGCCUGCUCCCUUUCCAUUCCCCGCAACCAGAAACUGCUUAGCAACAGUGUUCUAUAACAGUAUGAUUACAGUUUCACAUUCAACAUUCCUUGGGCAAGUACUUCAAGGAGAGGAGGUAUUUAUUAAGGAAUUUCCAGAACUAGUUUUUUGUGGAGAAGGUUGCAGGAUUUUGGACGUUGGGUGUGGAAACAGGAGUACGGGUCUUCCUAUAUUCGGGGGGUAACACCAACAUUUCCUUAUUCUGAAUGUCUUCUACUGGUAUAAACGGCUGUGAGAAAAUUAUUAUAUAUGCUUUCCAUUGUAGCAAUGCGACCCUUGAAAAGUUCCAAGGGUACUUUGGCUGGGCUUCCAGAGAUGCUGACUGCACAAUUGCAGUGAAAAUUUUCCACAGGAUGAGCUCAACCGCUCAUCCGUUGCUUUAUUUAGUUUUGGUCAACAUGAUCUUGCCUAAUUUACUGGCUUAAAAUCUUUAUUUUAUGCAGAGAUGAAAGAACAUUUCGAACCUGUCUCAAUGAUUUAUGUUCAAUGGAAGAAAACACAUGCUGCAUUGGUGGGGUGGACUUUGUUACCUUGGUAUUCAUCAUUCUUUCACACUAUUAACAGACUCAUCAGGUCUCUAUGACAUGACUAUGCUCCGUUUUGAGCAUGACCAAAGAGUAGGAUUCAGGGAAUGCUUACGUUCAGAUGGCACAUCGUCUUAUUUCUUCUGUAUUUAUACAGUUGGGAAUCUCCUUGUUGGUGCAGGUUUUAUUGAGCUAUCCUCCAGCUUGAGAUUGAAUAGUGUUGAGUCAAGUCACUUGAUUGAUGAAAUGGGAUGUGAAGGCUGUGGGUUCAUGGAAAGUACCAGAAGCUGCUAUGAAUUUAGGUGUCAAGCUGAAGGAAGUUGGUUACUGAAGAUAGCUUAUCUGGUUGCCCUUGCCCCUUCUGUCCAUAUCAUAUAUGCAUGCUACUGCUAGCAUCCUCAGGAAAUGGCUCAAAUGCAGAAUGGGUGUUUGAUUCUCUGGAAUCAACAGUCUCUAACUGGCACAAGAUUUAGUAUACACAUGGGCCGGGUCUUUCUGUAGGACAGCAAGGCUGCAACCUAAAUUGUGUGGAUUGUUUCAGUUCUGCUCGGGUUUAAGGUCCAACUUGCUUCUGACAGUCUCAAGAGUUCUGACAGCUAAGGAAUGCGCCAAUUUCCUGAGUUCCAACCCAGACAGGUCUUUGGGAGGGUCUACACUUUGCUCUCCUGGCACCAUGUGUACGUCUUGUAGAGAACUCAGUCAAAAAGUCUAACGAGAUGAGGCUUUUGGGUGGCAAAGGCAUGGUGAAUCCAGCUUCUGAUGCAUCAACAAAAAGAUUCUGAUUAAUCCUUCUUUGAAAUGAAUUAAAGAGGGAAAUGCAUAUCAUAGCUGAAUAUUUCAUCUGUCUGCAAGAUAUGGAAAUGGUAAAAAUGGCAUCACUGCGGCGAACAUGAUGUACUUUGAUUGGCAACAGAUGAUCUAACCGGAGAGAGGACGCACAAACCUGUCGAAAAAGUUAGGUCAAAUGGCACCUAAUUCGCACUAGACGUGUACUCCACGGCAGGUUACAAUUUUUGGAGAGGGGGGAUACAAACCCUAACUCUAAGGUUGGAGGGUACACUUUGCGAUCAAGUGUAUAGCCAUCGGGCCACGAGGCUAGGUGCAAUUUUAAUUGCUUAGGUAUGUGAUGGAAAUGUAUCCAUGACAUAUAUACAAAAAAAAUUAAAAUUAGAGGUUUCUCUUAUUUUGUUUUCUAAUUUGUAUUGACUAAUUGAUGUACUUUUGUAGCCAGAUCAAAAACUAAAAGAAAGAUUGAUGUACUUC